AAAAAUAUUUUCGUCUCUCUGCAACUCAUUUUUUGUCAUAAAGUCACUAGAAGAAACCAUCUCCCGUUUUCUUGCUUUCUAUUAUCUUUGCAAGCAAUAAAGCGUUAAAUAAAUUUUCUCUUUAAAGAAAAAAAGAGAAAAGGAAAUGCUAUUCGCUUUUGUGUGUCAAGACAUGUGAACUUACUGACACAGUCGCUUCUUGUUCUUCGUUCUUCAUAUUCUCACGCAUUCUCUUUACCGAGUUACCGACUCAGUGAGUGCUUCUUAAAUGGCAUCUUCUUCUCGAGCAAGGAGCAGUUCGCCGUUUUCGCAUCGGAAAACUCCCAGUCCGUUCUCUUCAACUUCUUCAACUUCUUCGUUUAUGAGCAACAAAUUAAUGCCUCGUACGUGCUCUUCGUCGGCGUCUUCCUUUUUCAAUUCGGGAGGUGGAUACGGUACUCGAUCCAUGACGCCGAGUCGGUCCAGGUAUGAUUCGACGUACCAGGGUUCACGUGGUUACAAUGCUCACUCACCGGUGGCUUACGCGCCGGAGGAGAUAGUUGGCGAGCCGAUGGAAGCGUCGAGAUCGGGAGAUAGUAUUUCAGUUACGAUUCGGUUUCGGCCAUUGAAUGAAAGGGAAUUUCAGAGAGGGGACGAGAUCGCGUGGUAUGCGGACGGGGAUAAGAUUGUGAGAAAUGAGUAUAAUCCAGCUACAGCUUACGCAUUUGACAGAGUAUUUGGACCUCAUGCAACUUCUCAAGAGGUUUAUGAAAUAGCUGCUAAACCAGUAGUGAAGGCUGCAAUGGAAGGUGUUAAUGGAACUGUUUUUGCUUAUGGUGUUACAAGUAGUGGGAAGACGCACACCAUGCAUGGAGACCAUAAUGCUCCUGGCAUUAUACCAUUGGCAAUAAAGGAUGUGUUCAGCAUUAUCCAAGAUACUCCAGGGCGAGAAUUCUUGCUACGUGUGUCAUAUCUUGAAAUCUACAACGAGGUGAUAAAUGACUUACUUGAUCCAACUGGUCAAAAUUUGCGUGUUAGAGAAGAUGCCCAGGGAACAUACGUUGAGGGCAUAAAAGAAGAAGUGGUUUUGUCUCCUGGGCAUGCCCUUUCUUUUAUUGCAGCAGGGGAAGAGCAUCGUCAUGUUGGUUCAAAUAACUUCAAUCUGUUCAGUAGCCGAAGUCACACCAUAUUCACAUUGAUGAUUGAGAGUAGUGCUCACGGUGAUGAAUAUGAUGGAGUGGUCUUCUCUCAGCUUAACUUGAUUGAUUUAGCCGGAUCUGAGAGUUCAAAAACUGAGACAACUGGGUUAAGGAGAAAGGAAGGAUCUUACAUAAACAAAAGUCUUCUGACUCUUGGAACUGUAAUUGGAAAGUUAAGUGAAGGAAAAGCAUCCCAUGUUCCUUAUCGAGACUCCAAGCUUACCCGCCUUUUGCAAUCUUCACUUAGUGGGCAUGGACAUGUUUCGCUUAUUUGCACAGUUACACCUGCUUCUAGUAAUAUGGAAGAAACUCAUAAUACCCUGAAGUUUGCUAGCAGGGCAAAGCAUGUCGAAAUCUACGCUUCUCGUAAUAAGAUUAUUGAUGAAAAAUCAUUGAUUAAGAAGUAUCAAAAGGAAAUUUCAGUCCUCAAACAGGAACUUGAUCAGCUAAGGCAGGGAAUGGUUGUUGGAGUUAAUCAUGAAGAACUUAUGAUCCUAAGGCAACAGUUGGAAGAAGGUCAGGUGAAAAUGCAGUCAAGACUAGAGGAAGAAGAGGAAGCCAAAGCUGCUUUGAUGAGCAGAAUUCAAAGGCUUACCAAGCUUAUACUUGUUUCUUCCAAAAAUACAAUUCCUGGAUGUUUGAGUGAUUUACCAACACAACGGAGUCUUUCUGUUUGUGAGGAUGAUAAACUGGAUGUACAGGAUGAUGGUACCAUACUCAUAGAUAGUGAGAAUAAAAAGGGUUCUCCAUCUUCUCUUGAGGCACUUGCUUCUGAUCCAUCUUAUGAGUUUAAACACCGAAGAUCCUCCAGCAGGAGGAAUAAUGAGCUCUCACCAACUAGCAGUUCUAUCACUGAGGCAACUCAAUCGGGUGAUCUUAUUAGUGGGACUAAACUGCUGGCAGGUGGGAUGACAUCAGAUCAGAUGGACCUUCUUGUUGAGCAAGUUAAGAUGCUUGCUGGAGAGAUUGCAUUUAGCACCAGUACCCUGAAACGCCUGGUGGACCAGUCUGUAAAUGAUCCUGAUAGCUCAAAAACUCAGAUUCAGAAUUUGGAAAGAGAGAUUCAGGAGAAGAGAAGGCAAAUGAGGGUGUUAGAGCAGCGUAUAAUUGAGAGUGGUGAAGCUUCAAUCGCUAAUGCUUCAUUUGUGGAUAUGCAGCAGACAGUUAUGAGAUUGAUGACACAAUGUAAUGAAAAGAGUUUUGAGCUGGAGAUAAAAUCAGCAGAUAAUCGUAUCCUCCAAGAACAAUUGCAGAACAAGUGUUCUGAGAAUGAGGAAUUGCAGAAUAAGGUGAAUCUCCUGGAGCAGCGGUUGGCAUCUUUGUCCGGCGACAAAUUAUCCUUGUCCUCUGAGCAAGGAAUAUCUGAAGAAUAUGCUGAUGAGUUAAGAAAAAAGGUUCAAUAUCAGGGGACUGAGAAUGAAAAACUAAAACUAGAACAGGUACAGCUUUCAGAGGAGAACAGUGGGUUGCGUGUCCAAAACCAAAAACUGGCUGAAGAAGCUUCAUAUGCGAAAGAAUUGGCGUCUGCUGCUGCUGUUGAGUUAAAGAAUUUGGCUAGUGAGGUGACAAAGCUCUCAGUACAGAAUGCAAAACUGGAGAAGGAAUUAUUGGCCGCUCGAGAGUCGGCAAACACUAGAGCUUCUUCUAAUCAGGCUGUCAAUGGUUUCAACCGCAAGUACAGUGACAGUGGGAGACCUGGGAGGAAGGGACGGCUCUCUGGCCGCCCUCAUGACCUAUCUGGAGCAGCUGGUGAUGAUUUUGAGUUUUGGAAUCUUGAUCUAGAUGAUCUAAAGAUGGAACUGCAGGCUAGGAAACAACGGGAGGAAGCUCUUGAAGCUGCACUAGCUGAGAGGGAAUUCAUAGAAGAUGAAUACAGGAAAAAGAUUGAAGAAGCAAAGAAGAAGGAGGAAUCUCUAGAGAACGACUUAGCAAACAUGUGGGUGCUUGUUGCUAAGUUGAAGAAAGAGGUAUCUGCUACACUUGAGAGUAAUACAGAUAAGCAAAAUAGUCAUGGAAUGGAUAAUGUUGAAGAUCCAAAAGCAAACAACACUGAGAGUAACAAUGUCCUGAAAGAGCGACAAGUUUCAGAAGUGUCAUCAAAACCAGCCAAUGAAAUACCCAAGGAAGAACCCCUGGUUGUUCGGCUAAAGGCUCGAAUGCAAGAGAUGAAGGAAAAAGAGCUCAAAUCCCUGGGAAAUGGAGAUGCCAAUUCCCAUAUGUGUAAAGUAUGCUUCGAGUCACCAACUGCAGCAAUUCUUCUCCCUUGCCGGCAUUUCUGUUUAUGUAAAUCUUGCUCGCUUGCUUGUUCCGAGUGUCCAAUAUGUCGCACAAAGAUAUCAGACAGGCUUUUUGCAUUCCCUUCUUGAUACACAACCUAUUUCUACCCUCCUAAUGAAGGGGUUCGUGACCACCUGUUUGAUAUUUUCAAUGUGAGAAGCGGGUGCAAUUCUUUCAUUAGUCUGUAUGUAAACAGUCUAAAAAGGUAUAUCCAUAUCAAUAGUUUGUUCCCUAGUCUCUACUCAUUAAAAGGCUGUAAAAAUAAGAACGAGAUUAAAGGUUAAAAAGAAAGGAAGAAAAAAAGAAAAGAAAAGUAAAUUCACUAUUAUAUCCAAAAGUUCAAAAACAAGAUGUUGCUCUGUUUUUCGAAGGGUAUCCGUCGUUUCGAACUUUCAACUUUCAAUUGUUUAAUCACCACUGAGCAUUGAGGAUUUAUAAAUAAAUAUUAAUAAUUUUAUUUGAAUA